CUUCUGCUCUUCUUUAAUUACUUUGCUGAGCAGAGAGAGUUUAGUGCAUCCGCUCAGCUGGGACAAAUCGGCAGUCAUUUUUGACUAGCCUAAACUCACGUAUUUGUUGCUUUUUUUAAAGUUGUGCAAAAGAUCUUUUCUCGAACAAGGAAAGCCAAGUAAGAAAUCGUGAGAUUUCUGAUCAUUUCUUUGGUGCGACGUGAAAUAAAACACAAUGACUCAGUUCAACAAGGGCCCUGCAUAUGGUUUAUCAGCUGAAGUGAGAAGUAAGAUCGCUCAGAAGUACGACCUGCAGAAGGAGGAGGAGCUGAAGUACUGGAUUGAGGAUGUAACGGGCAUGCCAAUCGGAGAAAACUUCCAGAUGGGAUUGAAGGAUGGUGUCAUACUGUGCGAGCUUAUUAAUAAACUUCAGCCAGGAUCCAUUAAGAAAACCAACCACUCCAAACUUAACUGGCACAAGCUUGAGAACCUGGGGAACUUCAUCAAAGCCAUUCUUGCUUAUGGCCUGAAGCCUAACGACAUCUUUGAGGCUAAUGAUCUGUUCGAAAAUGGGAAUUUGACUCAAGUUCAGACCACACUUCUUGCCCUGGCCAACAUGGUGAGUUCUGUGCAAAACAUCGUUGUGGAGAUGAUAAAAGUUUUUAUUUGGAGUUGUUGUAAUAAUGCCACUUUCAUUCUUUUCUUUUUUUCUUUUUCAAAGGCAAAAACUAAAGGUAUGGACACAAAAGUCGACAUUGGUGUAAAGUAUGCGGACAAGCAGUACCCCAAAUUUGAUGAUGAGAAACUGAAGGCUGGUCAAUGUGUGAUUGGACUGCAGAUGGGGACAAAUAAAUGCGCAAGUCAGGCUGGAAUGACCGCAUAUGGCACCAGGAGACAUCUGUAUGACCCAAAGACUCAAGCAGACAAGCCUUUUGACCAAACCACAAUCAGCCUGCAGAUGGGAACUAAUAAAGGAGCAAGCCAGGCUGGCAUGUCGGCCCCCGGCACCAGGAGGGACAUUUUCGACCAGAAAGUGGCUGUCCAGCCUCUAGACAACUCCACCAUCUCACUGCAAAUGGGCACCAACAAGGUGGCCUCUCAGAAGGGCAUGAGCGUGUACGGGCUGGGCAGGCAGGUGUACGAUCCCAAAUACUGCUCCUCCCCCACUGAGCCCACCAUCCACAGCAAUGGCAGCCAGGGCACAGGCACCAACGACUCCGAGAUCAGCGACAGCGACUACCAGGCUGAAUACCAAGGGGAGUAUCAGGAUGAAUACCAGGCAGACUACCACAGUGAAUACAGAGCCCCCUAUGACCAUGGGAUUGACUAUUAAACUGCAGGCGUACAGCACAGAUGAAUAUUUUUGGAUCUUUGCAUCAACAAAGCGAGUUGUUUUUUCCCCUCGCUGGCCUUUUUUUAUAUGACAAGAAACGGAUGUUUAGAGGAGUGUUUCUAUAUCAUCAUUCCUCUAUUGAUUAUACAGUAUUUUAUUAGGUAGAUAGACAAUAGACUAUAGUUUUAAAGGUUUGGUCCUUUUAAAAGUUGAGAUGUGUUAGAGAAGUGAAAGUAUUCGCCAAAUGUCAUUCAUGACAUAUUAACCACAAUCUGUAUCCCUAGAUUUAAACUCAUUUUGAGCAUCAGGCUCCGAUGUGUAUGAUUUGGUUUAGCAAUGGAAUUUCUAGCAUUUAUUUUAUACAGAUUUCUAGUUCACAAACUGACUGCAGUACAAAAAAAGACACCCAGAAAGAUUCAACAAUUCCCAGGCCAAUUUAAGCAUUGUUGCUUUUUAAGAGUUUUUUUUUUAAGUGUAUUUUUUACUUCCUGUGUUUAAUUCAUUUGACCAAACAAGACAUUGCUAAAUUGUGCCAUAGUCCCUUGUAUAUGUUAGGACCAACUCAUAUCUCCUUUUACCCUUCCCCUCUUCCCAAUCAUCUUGUAUUUAUUGCCAGUAAUACUCAAUAGAGACUGCAAUUCUGUUGAAUGGCUCUUUUGUUUUGUCUUUUAAAUGAAUAAAGUUUUUAAUUUUC